AUGCCUUCAGACGAGCAAACAAAGCGCAAGGCCUCUGAUGCGCCUGUGUCUCCUCCGCCCCUCAAGCGCAAGGUGCAGAGCGGCACAACCAAGACUGCUGUAGCGAACUUCUUCACGCCCGCGUCACAGAAGCCCAAGGACCCUACUGUUUGGUCUGAACGAAGCCCCUACAAUAACGAUGAUAUCCCCGGGACGUUACUCGUCGGCCGAUUCGAACCAGAGAAGAAAGAAGACAGGACGAUAAAGAGAAGGAAGAUAGCUGCUUUUGAUCUCGAUUCAACCCUUAUCUCUACAUCCUCAGGCAAGAAGCACGCGAGCAGCGGUACAGAUUGGAAAUGGUGGCACAACUCCGUCCCCACCAAACUACGAGAGCUGUAUCAAGAUGGAUACCGGGUCGUGAUAUUAUCGAACCAGGCAGGAUUGACAUUACACUUUGACGCAAAGUACAAGGGCCCCAAAGGCAACGCGCAGAAACGAGUUACCGAGUUCAAACAAAAGUGUAGCGCCGUCCUCAAUAGCCUCAACCUUCCGACCUGCGUCUACGCGGCGACCGAGCACGAUAUCUUUCGAAAGCCGAGAACUGGUAUGUGGAAGGAGGUCUGCGACGACUACGACAUCUCGGAGACCGACGUCGAUUUGGAGAAUAGCAUUUUCGUUGGCGAUGCAGGGGGACGCACCGCAAGUUUGGGGAAGGGUGCAGCCGCCGCCAAAGACUUUAGCUGCUCGGAUCGAAACUUUGCUCACAACGUGGGGAUCAAGUAUCUCACCCCCGAGGAGUUCUUUCUGGGCGAGGAAGCUCGGAGCUACGCUCGUGAAUUCGACCUCGCCGAGCAUCCCUUCAACGACGAUGCUCAAUCGGGGAGCUCCGCGGUGGUAUUCACCAAAACUAACGACAAGGACAUCAUCUUAUUCUGUGGGCCACCGGGUGCUGGUAAGAGCACUUUCUACUGGAAAUCCCUCAAGCCGUUGGGGUACGCGCGAAUCAACCAGGACCAGCUCAAGACUCGCGACAAGUGCGUGCAGGCGGCAAAGGAGCAUCUCCAAGAGGGAACCUCGGUCGCGAUAGACAACACCAACGCCGAUCCAGAGACCAGGACCGUUUGGGUAGAGCUUGCCAAGAAAUUCGGCAUUUCUAUCCGUUGCGUGUGGUUCAGGACGCCUCUCCAAGUGUGCGAGCACAACAACGCUGUGCGGGCGCUAAAUGAAUCGCUGAACCCCGAAGCCAGACCUGUCUUACCCAAGAUGGCAUUUACAGGUUUUGCAAGCAGGUUUAAAGCACCACAAGUCAAAGAAGGAUUCGAGGAUAUUACAGAAGUCCAGUUCCAGUUUCGUGGUACGGAGGAGGAGUAUCGAAUCUGGGGACGAUACUGGACGUAG